CCCCCACCCCCUCCCACGGGGCCCCCCCCGCCCCCCUCGGAAAAAAAAUCAUCCCAAAUCACUCGAACCCGAGGGAGGCUUGCUUUCACCCGCGGGGAGACGAGAUUUCAACGGUUCCCUCUUCUUCGUCUCCCCCCGAGCCCCUGUUCCCUCCCCUCCUCCCACCCCUUCUGCCGGCGCCGGGUGCAAGGUCCCUUUAAGGCGACGGCGCCUUCCUCGGGUCAGACUACCGGCGGCGACGACCACGGGAGCAUGGCGGACACCGACCUGUUUAUGGAAUGUGAGGAGGAAGAAUUGGAGCCAUGGCAGAAAAUCAGUGAUGUCAUUGAGGACUCUGUAGUUGAAGAUUAUAAUUCAGUGGAUAAAACUACUACAGUUUCUGUGAGCCAACAGCCAGUCUCGGCUCCAGUGCCCAUCGCUGCCCAUGCUUCUGUUGCUGGGCACAUUUCUACAUCCACCACCGUUAGUAGCAGCGGGGCACAGAACAGCGACAGUACAAAGAAGACUCUUGUCACACUAAUUGCCAACAACAAUGCUGGCAAUCCUUUGGUCCAACAAAGUGGACAGCCGCUCAUCUUGACCCAGAAUCCGGCCCCAGGUCUGAGCACGGUGGUUACUCAACCAGUAUUAAGGCCUGUCCAGGUCAUGCAGAAUGCCAAUCAUGUGACUAGUUCCCCUGUGGCCUCACAACCAAUAUUUAUCACUACACAGGGGUUUCCUGUGAGGAAUGUCCGGCCUGUGCAAAAUGCAAUGAAUCAGGUUGGGAUAGUGCUGAAUGUGCAGCAGGGCCAGACGGUCAGACCGAUUACCUUAGUCCCAGCCCCAGGUACCCAGUUUGUUAAGCCAACAGUUGGAGUCCCACAAGUGUUCUCUCAGAUGACCCCAGUGAGGCCAGGCUCUACAAUGCCUGUGAGACCCACUACCAACACCUUCACCACUGUCAUCCCAGCCACUCUCACCAUUCGAAGUACCGUCCCACAGUCCCAGUCCCAGCAGACCAAGUCCACUCCCAGCACGUCCACCACCCCCACUGCCACGCAGCCAACCUCACUGGGACAACUAGCUGUUCAGCCUGCAGGCCAAUCCAGCCAGACCACGAACCCUAAGCUAGCUCCCUCUUUCCCCUCUCCACCUGCAGUGAGUAUUGCCAGCUUUGUCACUGUGAAGCGACCUGGCGUUACAGGUGAAAAUAGCAAUGAAGUGGCUAAAUUGGUGAAUACCCUUAACACCAUCCCUUCUCUGGGCCAGAGUCCUGGGCCAGUGGGGAUAUCCAACAACAGCUCUGCCCAUGGCUCUCAAAGAACCAGCGGACCUGAGUCUUCAAUGAAAGUGACCUCUUCUGCCCCAGUGUUUGAACCUCAGGAUGGUGGACGGAAAAUAUGCCCCCGAUGUAAUGCUCAGUUUCGCGUUACUGAAGCUCUGAGAGGCCACAUGUGUUACUGUUGCCCAGAAAUGGUUGAAUACCAGAAGAAAGGAAAGUCUCUGGAUUCAGAACCCAGUGUCCCUUCUACAGCAAAGCCUGCAUCCCCUGAAAAAACAGCUCCUGUUGCUUCCACACCUUCUUCUACACCUAUUCCUGCUCUGUCACCACCAACCAAAGUACCAGAGCCAAAUGAGAAUGUGGGUGAUGCCAUCCAGACCAAGCUCAUUAUGCUUGUAGAUGACUUCUACUAUGGACGGGAUGGUGGCAAAGUAGCCCAGCUUUCCAACUUCCCUAAGGUUGCCACAUCUUUCCGAUGCCCACAUUGUACCAAAAGGCUAAAAAACAACAUUCGAUUCAUGAACCACAUGAAACACCAUGUAGAGCUUGAUCAGCAGAAUGGUGAGGUGGAUGGUCAUACUAUCUGCCAGCACUGUUACCGCCAGUUUUCUACUCCCUUCCAGCUCCAGUGCCACUUGGAAAAUGUUCACAGUCCCUAUGAAUCUACUACCAAGUGCAAGAUCUGUGAGUGGGCAUUUGAAAGUGAGCCACUGUUUCUCCAGCAUAUGAAGGAUACUCAUAAACCUGGAGAGAUGCCUUAUGUUUGCCAGGUGUGUCAGUAUCGCUCUUCACUCUACUCUGAGGUAGAUGUCCAUUUUCGGAUGAUCCAUGAGGAUACCCGGCAUCUGCUCUGCCCUUAUUGCCUGAAGGUCUUCAAAAAUGGCAAUGCAUUCCAACAGCAUUACAUGAGGCACCAGAAGAGAAAUGUUUAUCACUGCAACAAAUGCCGGCUACAAUUUCUCUUUGCCAAGGACAAAAUUGAACACAAGCUUCAACACCAUAAAACCUUCCGUAAACCCAAGCAGCUAGAAGGCUUGAAACCAGGCACUAAGGUGACAAUCCGGGCUUCCCGAGGGCAGCCACGAACUGUUCCUGUGUCCUCCAGUGAUACACCUCCCAGCGCCUCACAGGAGGCAGCACCAUUGACCUCCUCAACAGACCCUUUGCCUGUCUUCCUGUAUCCCCCUGUCCAACGCAACAUCCAGAAGAGAGCUGUUAGGAAAAUGAGUGUCAUGGGCCAGCAGACAUGUCUGGAGUGCAGCUUUGAGAUCCCAGACUUUCCUAAUCACUUCCCUACCUAUGUGCAUUGCUCUCUGUGUCGCUAUAGCACCUGCUGCUCUCGAGCCUAUGCCAACCACAUGAUCAACAAUCAUGUUCCACGGAAGAGCCCCAAGUAUUUGGCCUUGUUUAAAAAUUCUGUGAGUGGAACCAAGCUGGUCUGCACUUCAUGUACCUUUGUUACCUCUGUGGGAGAUGCCAUGGCCAAGCAUUUGGUAUUCAAUCCUUCCCACAGAUCCAGCAGCGUCCUGCCACGGGGACUCACCUGGAUAUCUCACUCAAGGCAUGGCCAGGCUCGUGACCGAAUACAUGAUCGGAACUUGAAGAAUAUGUACUCUCCUCCAUCCUUUCCCCCUAACAAAGCUGCCACUGUGAAAUCUGCAGGGCCCACCCCAGCUGAGCCUGAAGAGCCACCAACUCUUGUGGCCCAGGCACUCCCCUCACCAGCCUCAACUGCAACCCCACCACCGACCCCCACUCACCCACAACCUUUAGCCCUCCCACCCCCUACAGAGGGGGCUGAAUGUCUGAAUGUUGAUGAUCAGGAUGAAGAGAGCCCAGUUACCCAGGAACCUGAGCCAGCAGCAGGUCUCAGUGGUAGCGGUGGGGUUGGCAAGAAGGAACAACUGUCUGUGAAGAAGCUUCGAGUAGUACUGUUUGCCCUGUGCUGCAACACCGAACAGGCAGCUGAACACUUCCGAAACCCCCAGCGACGUAUUCGGCGUUGGCUUCGACGCUUCCAGGCCUCCCAGGGGGAGAAUCUAGAGGGCAAAUACCUGAGUUUUGAGGCAGAAGAGAAACUGGCUGAGUGGGUGCUGACCCAGCGAGAGCAGCAGCUACCUGUAAAUGAGGAGACCUUGUUCCAGAAGGCCACCAAAAUAGGUCGUUCUUUGGAGGGUGGGUUUAAGAUCUCCUAUGAGUGGGCUGUGCGUUUCAUGCUGCGGCACCACCUGACCCCCAAUGCUCGGCGAGCUGUGGCCCACACCCUGCCAAAGGAUGUGGCAGAGAAUGCAGAACUCUUCAUCGAAUUUGUACAGCGGCAGAUUCACAACCAGGACUUACCCUUGUCCAUGAUUGUGGCUGUUGAUGAGAUGUCCUUAUUCCUGGACACAGAGGUGCUGAGCAGUGAUGACCGAAAGGAGAAUGCCCUGCAGACAGUGGGCACAGGGGAGCCUUGGUGUGAUGUAGUGCUAGCCAUUCUGGCAGAUGGCACCAUCCUUCCUACCCUGGUUUUCUACCGAGGACAAAUGGAUCAGCCUGCUAAUGUGCCAGACUCCAUAUUGCUGGAGGCAAAGGAGAGCGGCUAUAGCGACGAUGAGAUCAUGGAGCUGUGGUCAACUCGUGUGUGGCAGAAGCACACAGCUUGCCAACGUAGCAAAGGCAUGCUGGUGAUGGACUGCCACCGUACCCACUUGUCAGAAGAGGUACUGACUAUGCUCAGUGCCUCCAGCACUUUGCCCGCAGUAGUCCCAGCAGGCUGUAGCUCCAAAAUCCAGCCAUUAGACGUGUGCAUCAAACGAACUGUGAAGAACUUCCUGCACAAAAAGUGGAAGGAGCAGGCUCGGGAAAUGGCAGACACUGCGUGUGACUCUGAUGUUCUUCUCCAGCUGGUGCUGGUCUGGCUAGGCGAGGUGCUGGGUGUCAUCGGGGACUGUCCAGAGCUGGUUCAGCGGUCCUUCCUGGUGGCUAGUGUUCUGCCUGGCCCUGAUGGCAACAUUAACUCACCCACAAGAAAUGCUGACAUGCAGGAGGAGCUGAUUGCCUCCCUGGAAGAGCAGCUAAAGCUGAGUGGCGAACAGUCUGAGGAGCCUUCAGCCUCCACUCCUCGGCCCAGGUCCUCUCCUGAAGAGACAGUUGAGUCUGAAAGCCUUCACCAGCUCUUUGAGGGUGAAAGUGAGACGGAGUCUUUCUAUGGCUUUGAAGAAGCUGACCUAGAUCUGAUGGAGAUUUGAGUGUUGGGGUCAGCAGGGGGUGUGUAGUGGGGGUGGGAAGGUGUGAGGGAGGGUAGAGGGAUUUAGGGAAAAGGGGGUAUACCAGGUGGGGCAUUUGGUUUAUAUUUCUUAAUUUUACGCCACCACUCCCCCCAAUGACUUACACUUCCCUGUGGAUUUGUGGAUUAAUUAGGAAAACCAAUAGUGAUCACGUCUGAGCCCAGGAGCUGGCUCAUUGGUCAUUCACUUCUGCUAAGAACAGGUUUUUGUGACAUUUUUUAAAAUUUAAAUCACUGUGUUUGGUAUUUUUCUGACAAAAUCAAGAAAAAGAAAAAAAAAUUAUUUGUGGGCGAAUGUUAAAUUUUUUUGUUUCCCCAUUUACCUCAAUUGUAUCAUAGUACUUCUGGGUUUUUUAUUUGUUUUACUGUGUGGCCAAUGUCUUUGGGCAUGAUGCUAUAUAACCAUUGUCAAUGUGAGAACAUUUCUGAAGAUGGGAAAGACAAAAAUAUGUAGCUCACAAACUGGUUUCUUACAUAUAUAUGGAUAAAAAACUUUUUUCAUUGUGGUCUUAACACUUUUAUAUAAAAAUGAAAAUGGAAAAAAAAAUCCCACUGAACUCUCUCUUCUCCUUUUCUUUCCUUCCCUCUCCAGAGAUGUUGGUUUCUACAGCAACUCUAAAUAUUAAAUUGUGGCUUUAAAAUGCAUGAAACCACCUUUAAUCAUCCAGAUAAUGAAUAGAUUUGUCUUUUCCUUACCACCCUCACUCCAACAAAAACAUAACAGAAACAAGGUUUGUCGCACUUGCGAUACUAUACUUGGCCCCUUUCUGCAUUCUCACACCGUCCAUCACUAGCAAGCCAGAGGUACUGAGGGGUCAGUGUGUUAGGGUGGAAGCCGUUCCCAGGUUGAGUCUUCAUCCUGCAAUCCCCCAGAGGUAAUCCCUCCUUUACUGAACUUCACCCUGUUAAGUGGAGAGCAUGCCUUCAAGAGAUUGCAGGUCGGACAGCCAGGAGCUGGAGCUGAUUGUGCAAGAAGUUAAGUGUUGAAAAAGAAAGAAUACUUUGAAUCCAGCUUAUCCUGUGGCUGUGCCCUAUUUCUCUUAAUGCUUAGAGAACAAUCUUGACACGAAGAAAUGCACAGGGAUGUGCACGAAGACAAGAAGAAUCUUUAUUUUUCACUGCCAGCUUCAAGGAAAGAAAAUUUUUUUCUACAACUUGCAUGAGGAACUUUUUAAAAUUGUACGUACUCAUGGUCAUAAACCAAAAUGUACCGUACAGAGAAAAGGAGCAAAAAACCAAGUUCACUUUUCUCUCAGCUACACCACCCUUUUGUCCAUCCUGAGACUUUGGCAACGUUUACCUCCUGUGAGCGAAGGAGGCAGCCUGCACAAGCUUGUAAAUGGUUCAUCGUAAAAAAUGUACAUAAGUGGAACAUUUAAUAAAAUGAGGGGAAAUGGAUUUAUAAACUUGUUUUUUUCUAGCUGACUGUUUAGGGGGCUUUCACAGACUGGGAAAUGUUCAAGAUGUGAAGGGCCUGGUGAUACAGGUGUGAUAUUUGUUACCACCGUUUUGUUCCCACCCAACCCAUUUUUUUGUUUUCAUUUUUAACCUCCAGCACACUAUAAUAUAGUGAACUGGAGCGACCCCUCCCAGAAACAGCUUGGCCAGCCUUGUGAAUCCAUGGCGUCUGAAAGCAAAAUAAGGCUCCAUCUCUUGUUUUCUCUUUCCAGAUUUUUGCUUGAUGCCAUUUUAUUUACAGACUAUGGACUUUGAAAUCAACUCAUUUUGCCUUUGAGAAAGUUCAAAAACUAUAUGAUUGGUCACUCCUGUCUAGACAACCUAAUCCUACUCUCUGGUGAUCUUUGCAGCAGCCACAGCCUUAGCACAGCUAGCUGGGUUCCUGACCUCUGCACACUAUUGGACUUUCUGAUGGGUGAUUUUUCUUAAGGUCAUUAAUACCAACAGUGCAUCAGCUGGGUUUGGCCAGGGAGUUGUCUUUGUGGACUCUGCCUGCAUGGCUUAGUAGUAGAAGGAAGGGUUUUUUUUGUUGUUGUUUUUUAUAAUUCAGUUUAAUCAAUAAACAUGUAUUUAUUGACUA